GUGUGAAUCCAAGUGAAGGAGAUGGUGAUAAAAAGGGGAAGGGGAAGGCUGUCGCUUGUAAGAAAAAUGAAGCAGCUGGUCCAUCAGAAGAUGUUGUUGGGAAAAUGGCAAAAGAGAUGGAAGUAAAGCAGGGUAAGAGUGUGAAACCAAGUCAAGACGAUCAUGCAAAAAAGGGGAAGCCACAUGUUGGUAAGAAGAAGAAAGCAAAUGCUCAGCCAGUAGAUUUGCUUCCUUUUCUACAGCGAGAAGAGAAGAGGCCAAUACGACCUAGAAACCCUCCUAUACCUGUAACACCUGAGGUAAUCCUUCCAAUUGAUCCAUUUGUGACACCUGAAUUUCCUCGGUUUUCAAGGCUUGCACACUGGAUGGAUCUACGGGGCAUAUAUCGUGUACCGUUUUAUAUCAAUGGAAAAGAAAUUGAAAAAGAGUUCUUUCAAAAAAUGGACGAUGCAGAAAAAAAUCUCAACAAAGAGGUAAUCAACACUCUGUUCUGUCUUCUAUUUGAUUGUGUCAUAUGUUUAGGAAGAGGUUGA